AUUUCCUAAAGAGUUUAUGUCAGUAGAUGAAUAAAAAAUGGUAUUAUUUUUUUGAAGCUCCAAGCUCAGGCUGAGGAAAAUUGAAAAUCCAAUUUGAGAUAAAAACGUAAAUUUGACAACCGUGCAUUUUGAUACCUUUCGCACAUUUUGCUUACUUUUCUAGCCUUCUAGGCAAAAACAAAAACACUAGAAAGGGGAGGGGGAAGAUUCAACCUAUCUUUACCGCAAUUUUUCAGUUUUGGUAUGUUGAUUGUUGAUUCUCCAUUGUAAUAAACUGUUCAUUGAAGAGCUUUGAAAAAUUGAAAUUUCGAAUAAGUGCUUGCAUUUUUUUAAACUUAAAAUUCCAUCGAACCGAUCAAUUGAUAGUGAAAGUGUUGAUUGACUGUAAUAAUGGAUUCGUUUAAUACAAUUAGAGUGAAAAUUCGCGAUAUUGGUCCUGGAACUGAAAAUUUACUAUUGACAGGCCUAAUUAUUCGCAAACAAGAACCACGAGUGGUUCAAAUGAAAAAAGAUGGUAGUGAAAGAUGUGUUUGGAGUUUUACUUUGAGAGACAGUCCUUCGGAUCUCAUCAACGUUACGAUUUGGGGCUUGGUCAAUUCUGUCAGAGACAUGUAUAAUAAAUUCCAAGUCGGAGAUGUUGUGAGCGUAUUAAAUGGUAAAGCAGUUUUUAGAAAGGUUAGCGAUCGUGAUGAUUCCUUCCAACCGGCUGUCACCAGUUCGUUCUACAUUUCACUGGAUGAAAAUCAAUCAGAGGUUAUUCCUUAUAACGGACUUGAUGAGAAAAUGCUCAAAGCUCUGCUAAAUAUACCAUCAAAACCAGCUGGAAAUUUUCUUACUAUUUCAGACGUUCAUCGUAACGGUGAAAUUUUACGUGGGCAAUACAUCAACUUGUUGGCCGCCGUCCAAGAUGUCGGUGAUAUGAGAGAAUUUCAAUCACGAGAUGGAAGAAAUUGCCGAUGCUUAGAAGUUAGGCUGGUCGAUCAAAGUUAUUCCACUUUAUUAUUUACGGUAUGGGGUAACGAAAUGAUCUCGCAAUGUAAACAGUGGGUUCCUCAAAAUACAGUAUUAUUUCUUGCUGACGUUCGUGCUGAUUGGAGUAAUUUUCGAAAAAUAAUGAUGGUAUCGAGUACUGGCCGAACUAUAGUUACGGAAAAUCCACCAACAAACGCUGCUCAGAAUUUGAAAGCGUUCAUUUCGUCAACAUCGUUUCGAAAUAUCGCCAAAAUCGAUCAGCUAGUCAAUAAAUACGCCGAUCCUUCUGUCAUCAAUACUGUCACAUCUUGCGCUGGAGUUCUAACUAAAGCGAUGGAUGAAAAACAAAACGAAGAAUUUACAGCCUUGGUUUACGCAGCGAUUAAUUCUUUCGAUGUGGAUGAAUCAGAGAGUUUUAUCGUGACAAAAUGCGCUAAAUGCAAUUCAAAAGUAGAUCCAUCUCUAGGAUUAUGUCUGAAUGCCGAUUGUUGUUCGGGAAUGGGCAUGGAGAAGCUAGUUUUGAAUGAAGUUUAUGAUUUGAAAAUUUCGCUGAUUGAUCACACAGGCAUGUUGAAUAAUUGCAAACUAACGAAUUCUCUAACUCAAAAAAUGAUCGGCGUAAAGGCUUCUGUUUUCAAAACAUUUUCGGAAACGGAAAAAACUAAUAUCAAAUGGAAAUAUCAACUGAAAUAUUGCGCUGCUCGAUUGGUUAUUCUACCUUUACGUGAAAGACUUCCUGCCGUAUCGGUUCUUUCUAUAGAUAUGAUAUCGCUCGGUGAAUAUUCAACGCAGAUACCGAUGUGUUGAAACGGUGAAAAUAAAGUUAAGGUAAUUUUAAAACAGUAUAGUUUUAUUUCUAUUUAUUAUGUAUAUUUGUAUCUAAUUUGUUAAUUUACGAUAAAGUAACAAAACCAGCUAUUAGUUUAGUAGAUACAUAAUGUAACAAAACGAAGAAAACUUUGUAAAAAAAAAAAUACACAUCUUAAGAGAUUUUUUACAAAAAUAUUACGUUACCCCCACAGUGAUUAAAAUUUACAGUAGAAUAGGACAAUAUAUUUCACUUCUCGACGUACUCCUUUACGUUAAGCUACAAAACAAAAUGAGCUAAAAUACAGAAAUUUUGAUUCCACUUCGAAUAAAUCAAAUAUACAUCAUUUCAGCCAUAGUAGACAUUUUCUUUGGUAUAUGAACAAAUAAAUCGAAAUAACUAGCAAGUUCUUCGAUCGAUGUAUCAUCACAGUCGGUAUACAAAGAAGGUCUCAUUCGGGCUUGAACUGAGCAGGAAUUUGAGGAAUUGUUUUCUCGCUUACUCGAUGAACUCGACCCAUCCGCAGCACAACGCGAUUUCACUUGCGGUCGUAAUUCUUUGAACGAUAGGGUAUCGAAAGCUUUCAAAAUGUCAUUAUCUGAAUUUGGAAGCAACGCCUUAAAACUAUUUUGACUAUCGUUUUCGCCGUUCGUAAAAACUUUACCUUUCGAAUCGACCAAAGUAGUUGCACUUUGUUGAGAAACUGUUGACUUAGAUGUGUUCGUUUUACUCGUUUUGUUUUUAUCACUGGAUAAAUGAAGCGUAGGAGGUUUAAGGAUCGGUUUGAAGUUUUUCCUGUCGGUGGUCAGUAAAUUCAACUUUGCUGGUCGAACGAUCAACGAUUUGUGUCUUUGCUUCUUACUGAUUUUACAGGUGCAUUUAGGCGCUACAAGUAUGUUCUUGAAUGAGUACUCCUUUCUCGAAA